AUGCCAAAAGGUUAUGAGUUUUCUCAGGAAGUCAAACAAUUAAUGUUUCAUAUUAUUAAUUUUGUUGAAAGGGAAAAGAAUGGUCCAGUAAUUCCUCUCUACAAUGUGAACGAUUGUCUUGUCAAAAUGUUAGGUGUUUCUGGAAGAUCUGUCCGCAGAUUAAAGCAGGAAUUUCAACAGUUAAGACAGAAAGAAAUAAAUGAACAACAACAGGAAGAAACAAAUGAACAACAACAAGAAGAAACGGAAGGGCAAGGUGAAAUAGAUGCAAAUGUUAAAGAACUUCGUAGUCGCGCUAUCUCAUUGUCAACGUCCAAACAUCGUGAAUCUUCAGGAUCUAAUCCACCAGCAUUUUUGUAUUUGUACUUUUUUUCAAAAUUUAGUUUAUUUUUGGAGCAAGUAAUGCAAGUUCUGUUAUUCUAA